AUGGCUGGUGGUCUCGAUUAUCUUCUUUACGAAGAAGCUACUGGUUAUGCUAUUUUCAAGGUCUUGAUUCAGCAAGAUGACAUUGGUUCCAGAUUGAAGGAAGUGCAAGAAGCUGCCAGCGACUUGUCCAAGUUUUCCAAGAUGAUUGAGUUGGUCUCCUUCGCUCCAUUCAAAGGUGCCGCCCAGGCUUUGGAAAAUGCUAACGACGUUUCUGAGGGUUUGGUCUCUGACUACUUAAAGUCUGUAUUGGAAUUGAACUUGCCAACCAAGAACAAGAUCAACUUGGGUAUCUCCGAUAAGAACUUGGGUCCAUCUAUCAAGGAAAACUUCCCAAAGGUUGACUGUAUUUCCUCUGAAAUCGCUCAGGACUUCUUGAGAGGUAUCAGACACCACGGGUUCAAGAUCUUGAAGGAAUUGCACGCCGGUGACGAAGAGAGAGCCCAGUUGGGUUUGGGUCACGCCUACUCCAGAGCUAAGGUGAAGUUCUCUGUCCAGAAAAACGACAACCACAUCAUCCAGGCUAUUGCCUUGUUGGACCAGUUGGAUAAGGACAUCAACACUUUUGCCAUGAGAGUGAAGGAAUGGUACGGCUGGCACUUCCCAGAGUUGGCCAAGAUCACUCCAGACAAUUACACCUACGCCAAGUUGGCCUUGUUCAUUAAGGAUAAGGCUUCCUUGAACGAUGAGUCUUUGCACGACAUUGCCGCCGUUGUUAAGGACGACGCCGCCAUUGCCCAAAGAGUCAUUGACGCCGCCAGAAUCUCCAUGGGUCAGGAUAUUUCCGAAGAGGACAUGGAGAACUGUAGCACUUUUGCUGCCCGUGUCGUCUCCAUUUCUGAAUACAGAACCAAGUUGUACCAGUACUUGACCGACAAGAUGCACACCGUUGCUCCAAACUUGUCUGAGUUGAUUGGUGAAGUUGUCGGUGCCAGAUUGAUUUCUCAUGCCGGCUCUUUGACCAAUUUGUCCAAGCAGGCCGCUUCCACCGUCCAGAUCUUGGGUGCUGAAAAGGCCUUGUUCAGAGCCUUGAAGACCAAGGGUAACACUCCAAAGUAUGGGUUGAUCUACCACUCCUCUUUCAUCGGUAAGGCCUCCCAGAAGAACAAGGGUAGAAUCUCCAGAUACUUGGCUAAUAAGUGUUCCAUUGCUUCCAGAAUUGAUAACUACUCUGACGAGCCAACCACCGCUUUCGGUGCUAUCUUGAAGAAGCAGGUCGAAGAAAGAUUGGCUUUCUACGACACCGGUGCCAAACCAAUGAAGAACGCUGACGCCAUCCAGCAAGCCUUGUCGUUGGGCGCCACUAUGGCGGCUGACAAAGACGUUGACACGGACUCCUCUGACGAAGAAAAGGAAUCCAAGAAGGAGAAGAAGGAAAGGAAGGAGAAGAAGGAGAAGAAGGAGAAGAAGGAAAGGAAGGAGAAGAAGGAAAAGAAGGAAAAGAAGGAAGAAAAGAAGGAAAAGAAGGACAAGAAGCGUUCUAAGAGUGAUGAAGGCGAGUCUCCAAAGAAGAAGAAGAAGUCUAAGGCUUAAACGUCUUGGCUCUUGUCAUAUCCCCUCCAUUCCCCUACUUUUUACUUUGGUUUCCCCUUGCACUUUUGUAAUCUUAUCAACGUUUAUCGUUUUGUAUAUCUUUCUCUUUUUAUUUUCUAAAUUUUUAUUACCUCUAUUUUAUUUCUAUUUUGCAUUAAAAAACACAACAAUAUCAAAUUUGGUGAUCGU